UUUUUUCAUUUCACACGCAAAAAAAACACAUCUUUAAUUUUUUUCAAUAGCGAAGCUUGCAAUGAAUCUAGAGGCUCAGUAUUAAUUAAACCCCUUCAUUCCAUUUUCAAUUAUUCGAAGUCGCUUUCUCAUCUCCUGGACCCCUUUUGUUCUUCUUCUCCUUAUUUGGCUCUCUUAUUUUAAAUGUUGUUGUUCAAUUACCUCACGAGAAUUCUGUUACCCAUGUUGCUCUUCUCCCUUAUCCUCUUUUGAAUCCCUUCUUUUUUCUUUUUUCUUCUUCAAUGUUUCACUCUUUCUCCUUCUAGCUCUUCUGGGUCGCUCUAGAUAUGAGUCAACUCGGUGUGAUAUUGCAGGAAUCGCUACGGACACAGAGUGAGCCAAGAACGAUUCUCGGUUUGUUGACGGAGCAAAUGGACGGUGUAGAUGAAGGCUCUCGCAGGAGGCGUAGCUUCAAGGAACGGCUGGGAUUCAUCGGCAUGGGUUGUUGUGGGGCCACCUGGGGAUUCCGUUCCGCUUCUUUAACUGUCAGGGAUGAUGGACAACAAGAACAACCACACCAACAGCAGCACCAGCUUCAUGAAACGGAUCCGGGUCAAGAUCCGAACGGUUCGGGACCCGAAUGCGUGGGUCCGACUCCUGCUGGUUCGAGUAUGAAUCUGGCGGCGGCGUUGGCGGCGGAGCGACAACUCCGGGGACCGCAGGAAGAGCCCGGAGCUGGCGGCGAAGGAAGCAGGGACAGCGUGCCGGGGACGCCGUGGAGGGUGUCGCUGAUGAGGCUGCUGGAGGAGACGGAGGGUGGGGGGGACGCGGCGGAGGUGGUGGAGGAGGAGAAAAGAGAAGGAGGAGGAGGAGCGGUGGGGAAUGAUUCGGUGUGCUGCGUGUGCAUGGGGAGGAAGAAAGGAGCAGCUUUCAUCCCAUGUGGACAUACUUUUUGCAGGGUGUGUUCGAGGGAACUGUGGCUGAAUCGAGGGUCUUGUCCCCUUUGCAAUCGUUCCAUCCUCGAGAUUCUCGACAUUUUCUAGAAAUUCUUCCAUCCAUGAAUAUAUAUAUCACAUGAAAUAUUUAAAUGUUUCCUCUUCUUUAUCUCUUAUUCUUAAUCGGAAAAACUAGAUGAUACUUCUUCACCUGUUUGUUAUAUGAUAAUAUGAAUUUUAUGUGUUUGUUUG